AAUCCAGGAGCGCCAUUAUUACCAGACAACAAAGAGAGGUGAGAAGUGCAGAGAAGUCAGGGACACAGAAAAGGUGAGGGAAGGAGGCACCUUGCGGGAUCCCAACACACAGAACUAAAGGAGAAAAGGAAGGAAAAGAUCAGAAGAGUAAAUAGAUGGGACGGAAACAUGAAAGGAGAUAGGUAGCUGGUAACGGGAGAGCAAGCAGCGGCACGGAUCAGGAGCGGACAGCAGCAGGAGUACACACCGUAUUACUCGGGGAGACAGAAUACAACUAUACCAUGUACAGCCAGAAACGCUACGACAGCCCCCCAGACUACAGCCCACCCUCUUACCUUCAGCAUAACAGCCAUGCUCCUGGAUCCUACGCUUACAACAUUGACGCUGCCCACCCCGAUUCAUUCUAUCAGGAAGAUGUCCCACCACAAAACUUCUAUAAAUGGAACUCUCCUCCUGGCAUUGUCCGAAUUCUACAGGGCAUCGUCGUCUUCCUGUGUGUGGCUAUCUUUGCCUGUGUGGCCUCAACUCUGGCUUGGGAAUACAAUUAUGGAGGGUUGGGAAUGGGAUACAUGGGUGGUGGCUAUGGAGGAGGGUACAUGGGUGGUUAUGGAGGAUACAUGGGUGGAUAUGGUUAUGGCUAUGGUACGACCAGUCCUCAAGCUGCAAGUGGUUUUAUGAUGGCCAUGUGUGUGUUAACAUUUGUAGCAGUGCUGGGGCUCUUUAUAGCUAGUGUAUCUAAGGCCAGUGGAUCCCGUUCACGUAAGUUUUUCUUGGGUAUAUUAGUGGGCAGUGCUAUAUUAGCCACCAUGGAUCUUAUUGCCACCAUUGUCUAUGUUGUUGGGGUGAAUCCAAGGUCCCAGAUGGGAGGCAGCAUGUACUACAGUCAGAUUUCAAUGCUGUGUAACCAGAUCUACAGUCCCGUGUCUUCUGGAGCAGGCUAUAUGAAUCAGUACCUGUACCACUACUGCAUGGUGGACCCACAGGAGGCCAUUGCUAUAGUGUGUGGCUUUAUCAUUGUCAUCCUUCUGUGUGUCAUCUCCUUCUUCGCUCAGAAGACAAGAAGUAAGAUUUGGCGUUAUGGAGACCCUAACAUUCACUGGGAGAAGCCCUUUGGAGUGGUUCAAGAAGGUCCCAAUGUAGAGGAGUGGGUAAAAAGUGUUCCAAAUGGUGCUCCUGAUGAGACUGCUACCAUGAUUUACUCAGAGAAGUCACAAAACCCUACAAAGGCCCUGAGUAACAAUAGCAUCUACAAACCACCCAGGGAGGAGUUUGAAGAAAGAGCCAACAGUCCCCUUACCAGCAGUCCAACUGUCACUGAGUCCCAGGAGCAAAGCAGGGGAAGACCAGUCCGCAGGGGUCGGCGAUGGAGGAGGAACCCAGAGCUAGAUGAGUCUCAGUAUGAAACAGAUUAUACAACAGCAGUGGAAUCUGGGGAUGAAAGAGAUCUGGAUGAGUGGGAUAGCAUAUACCCACCUAUUACUUCAGACACACAGCGCCAGGAUUAUAAGCGAGAGUUUGAUUCUGACCUCCGGAGGUACAAGAAAAUGUGUGCAGAAAUGGAUGAUAUCAACAACCAGUUGCAGCAACUAAGCAAACAACUAGAUGGACUACCUGAGAACACUGCCCAGUACCAGGGAGUUGCAGAAGAGUACAACAGACUGAAGGAGCUUAAGAGAACUCCUGAUUACCAGAACAAGAAGUCUGAGACCAAACAACUCCGAAACAAACUAUUUCAUGUUAAGAGGAUGGUGAAUGAUUAUGACAAAGGAAGGGGUUGAUAUAACAAGAGCAGUGUGACAAUUCUAAAAACAACCACAAGAGGGCAACCAAUACCACCAUUUAAAAUCCUACAUUGUAAAUAAACAAAUUUUGUAGUUGGGUAUAAUAACAAUUAAUAUACAUUUUAUUCUGAUAUUUAUAUUCAAAGUUGGCUCAUUUACAGCCAUUAAAUUUUUUUUUUACAUUUGUAACAGAGAUAAGCUUCAUUCAACCCAUUACAAACAUGAGAACUAUGACCUAUUUUGGUGAAUAAGGUAAAUAUGGUUUCCCUUCCUCUGCUUGGAAACAGACUUGUACAGCAUUCACAAGAUGGCACCAGAUGGAAGAUCUUUCUCAGCAUGAGCUAUGACACAUGCAUUUAAUUUAGACAAUGGGGUAUAUUAAGCCUUGGAGAGAGAUAAAGUGGAUGGAGAUAAAGUACGAGCCAAUCAGCUCCUAACUGCCAUGUUACAGGCUGUGUUUGAAGUUGCAUAAAAUUUACACUAUGGGGUUUAUUUAGUAAUCUUCUGGUUCUAAAAACCAGGCACUUCCAAUCGUGAUUAUGCCUGAAAUAUAAAAGGGCAAUGCUUUUACUAGCCGUGUUUUGCUAGUAAAAGUAUUGCCUUUUUAAAUUUCGCUCAUAAACACUAUCAGAAGUGCUGGGCUUUAUACCCAACACUUAGUACAUAAACCCAUAUAUCUUUUGUUUAAUAUUAUUGCCACUAUGUAUACUUUUAAUUGCCUUGGACAUAUUAGUGUUUACUUGGCACACUAGAUCACGUACUUCCAUAUUAAUUAUCCUUCUAAAGCAAAACACCCCUUAUUUCCUUUUAUAUUGUCCCUUGUAUAGAGAUCUGUAUAAAUAAAUCCCUUCCUUAACUACAUUUAUAAUAAAAUAUAUAAUAAUUGCUAUAAAUACAUUAUCACAUUUAUUUGUUUGCAUUUAUUUGUAGCUGUGUAUAGAAACUUUACCGAUUUGUACUUUUAUAUAUGUGAAAAAAAGUGCAUAUUUUCCCAAAAAUCCUUGGUGUUUGGGUAUUAUAAAUGUUAGGAGGUAUGUGAUGCACUAUGUAAACUAUCCAUUCUCUGUAAAGUACUAUUUUUAUUUACAUUAUAUUGUCAAAUAUGCGUUAAAUCACUAGGCCUCCUCCAUCUAAUUUUAUUACGCUUAAUCCCUCCCUCUUCAUCUUCUUUCCAUCAUGACAUUUCAUCCCUCUAUCCCAUACUCCUCCAGUCAUAUCAUUUCUUCCCUCACUCCUAAUACUUCUGCAGCGAUAGAAUUUCAUUCCUUAAUUCCAUCUUUCCACAGUGAUAUUAUUUUUGCACUUAUCCCAUGCUCCUUGAGUCAUAUUGGUACAUCUGCGGGAUGUGUGCCAUGUAGGUUAGGUAACACUGCUUUUAACUAAUACGUAUUUGGAACUAUGCUUUACAUGAGAGAGAAAAUAUAAUACACUGUUCAGUCUAAUCCUCCAUGCAGUGUCGGAAUGGGGCAUGAAGGGCCCACGGGGGGAAUGCAGUGGUAGGGGCCCAUGUAUAGGGGUGUGGCCAGUCUCCAGAGGGAUGGGGGUGUCAGCCACCGCAGAGGCUUGGCUAACCAUUAGAGAGUGCAUGAUCUGAGGCCCUUGAUAAAUAUACAUGAUAAUGCACCAGAUUAGUAACAGCAAUGCUUUGUAGUGAAUACAACAUAGUCCUCUGCAGUUUAAUGUAACAUAUGUAUAAUUCAAGUGCACAGUCUGGAAUCUGAUCCCUAGAGGAGAAUGUGGGCCUCACCAAGGGUUACCCCUGUGGGCCAGUCCAACCCUGCCUCCAUGUAGGGAUAAUACAAAGGUUUAUGAAAGUUUACAUAUUUUUGAAGAUUUCAGCAUUCAAUCACUCCGGGAUAAUUUUUCACAUCUAUGCAUUAUUUAUACCAGAUUCCAAUGCUGCUGUGUGUUGAUAUGUUAUUACUAUAGUUGGUGGAACACUGGAAUAUGAUGGUUCAAACAUAAAAUAUAGAGAUAGAGAACCAUUGCUGAAUCAUACACAAGCGUAAGCUGUUUUAUUUGACACUGUAAAUAAAAAAAUAACAUUUACUAGAAUUAGAUCAUUAUGGAAUGUAUUGUUUAUAUUAUAUCAAGUCACUUGUCCCAUGUUUUCUUACUGUGAAGUAUGCCAGUUUCCAUAAGGGUUGAAAGCCUCAGUGGAUGCCCUGGUAGCUGUAAUGGCCAGACCAAGCCUGGUGCUAGGAUAAACCAGGAGGGACAUUUGUGUAAAGACAAAUCAAGCAUUAAAUGUAAUAAAAAUAUUGUGAUGAUU